GGGAGAAAAUUUGUAGAUGAAAGUUCACUUUAAAUAUGAACCCUCAGCUGUCCAACCCGAGAAAAGAGUCCUGAGCUCAGAGACAGACAGAGACAAGAUGGGGAGUUCCUUUUUUCUUACAUCUUAAAAACUAAAACAAAACCAGAGGACGUCCAAAGAAAUCACAAACUAGUACAAGACCUGAGAGAGGUGAUGUCUCCGCUGCAGUUCUCCGUCUACUGGCGUCUCUCUCUCGUCUUCGUCUUCACUUCUUUCCUCUUCUUCCUCGACAUCUUCACGGCCGCCAUCGCCGCCACCACGUGUCGCCUAGGUAACGGGACUGGCUCGGACACCUUGCACGUAACGUUGCAGUCGCACGCGGAGAGCAACCAAUCACGACCCGGGGAAGUUUCAGCGGGCGACGCCGAUUGGUGGACUGGCGGCGGGAACCGAGAUUCAGUGUGUGGUUGGACAGACUGGCUGUCCUAUGGUCAGACUCUCUUCACGGUCGGCCUGCUGCUGGGAUCUCUGAUUGGAGGAGCAAUAUCUGACCGGUAUGGGAAGCGUCCGGUGCUGCUUGUGUGUGUGUGCGUGCACGCCUUGUGUGGCCUCGUGCCCGCCAUCCUUCCUCAGCCGCUCCUCUUCCUCGCUGUUCGCUGUCUAACGGGCGUGUGCUGCUGCUGCAUCAACAUCUGCUCCUUCAGUCUGGCAGUAGAGUGGACUCCCCCCGCCACUCGGCUGUGGCCGCUGGCCUUCCUGCCGUUCUGCUUCAGUCUGGGGACGAUGGGUGGAGCUCCUCUGGCCUGGCUCAGCCCCACCUGGAGACACCUGCACUUGUCGCUGGCUCUGCCACAGGUCGUCUGUCUGCCGCUCUACCUUUCGAUCCCAGAGUCUCCUCGCUGGUUGUUGUUGAAGAGGAGAACGGAUGUUUUGAACUGUUACUCUAGCAAGAGCCCUGCAGAUAAACAGUGUCUGGACCUGCUGUUGGACUCGGCCUGGUCUGACCUGCAGAAAUCCCCCGAGGCUCAGAAGGAAGAAGCACCUGGAGGCCACGCCCCCAGUGACAUCACUCACCUGAGACACCCGACCAUCCUGCUGCGACUGUUUAUCAUGAGCUACCUGAGCGCAGCGUCAGCGUUGACGUACUUCGGCAUCUGCAUGAACAUCGGCUCAUUCGGCGUCGGCGUCUACCACGCCCAGUUCUUCUCCGGCCUGUCGGAAGCACCCUGCCUGCUGGUCCCGUUGGCUCGCCUGGGGCGACGGCCAAUCAGCAUGCUGGCUCUGUUCCUGAGCGGCGCUGCCUGCUUCUUGUCGUUACUGCUGUCCAGAUACAACGGUGAGCCGGUGCUGGUGAUAAGUCUGGCUCUGCUGGGAAAACUCUGCAUCCUGGCUGCCAUCUUCAUCUCUACGCUGUACAGCAUCGAGCUGUUCCCCACUGUGGUCAGGCAGCGGUGUGUAUCCCUGGUCAACCUGUGUUUCCGCCUCGGCUGUCUGGUCAACACCCUCGUCCCCCCAAACCCAAACGGGGAGAUCUCAUUGGCUGCCAUGGUCGUGUACAGCAGCGGACCCAUCGCGGGUUGCGGCCUGUGUCUGCUGCUGCCGGAGACGAGCGGCGUGCCGCUCCCCGAUUCGGUGGAGGACUGUGACAGGCAGCCUCGGCCGCGCCCACCCUCCCUGGGCGCCACCUGGAGGAAACGGAAGCUGGGGAGCAGCCAAACCAGGAAAACAGAGAUCCUCCCUGCAGAGAAAGACGACACGCACACACAGAGUGCACACACAGGACUGAUGUGCACACACACAGUCUGAGUCUUGGUCGGUUUUAACUGUAAUGAACAGGUUUGAUUUUGGUUUGUGUUUAGUUCUGGUUUGAAAUAAAGACAAAAACACGGAGGGAGCGUCAGAGAAUGAAGCCACGUUUAAACUUUAAACAGCAAAAACGUGUUAGAGGCUGAAUCAGCAGUUUUGAGUGAUUCCCCGUCAGAUGAGGUCGGAGGAGCUUUACCACUUGAAAGAACUUGUGUGUUUUAUCCUCAUGUUGUAUUUUUGUUAUUGCUAUGUUCUGUUUUCAUCACUGUGAAAAUUAACCGAACUGAAAUGCAGUUUUCCUCCUCUUCAUUUAUCGGAGCAGAGUGUCUGAAAAAGUGUUCAUAUAAUGUGUUCAGAUUUAUGGGGGUUUCAGGUUUAAUGGGGGUUUAAUUGUUGAUCAGACACUUUGGUUUUUGUGCAGAUUAAACCAGGGAGAUGUAACAUUUUAACGAGUGAGCUUUAGAAGAGCCACUUUGCACAGAGCCACUGCAGAGCCUAGCUGCCCCCCAUCUCCAGUCUUUAUGCUAAGCUAAGCUAACCAGCCCUCGGCUGUAGCUUCUUAUUCUUCUGCAGACAAGAGAUGGGCGUCAAUCUGAUCGUCUGAGUCUCAGAAAGCAAGUGAAAAUUCUUACUCUGAGUAAAACUAACAACAUCAAGAUAAAAGUAAAAGCUCUACUGAAGCAAAAAUAUCAUCAGAAAACUCCAGUCGAUGUUUUAAAAGUCAGAGUUUUCAUCAUUGUGCAGGAGAACCGUCCCUUUCCAUGGCAGGUUACUGUCAUCGCCGCACCACUCUGCCACCUACAGGCCAAGAGCAGGAACUACAGCAGCAGUCACAGGAGCAGAGCCAAAGUUUAAAGUGACUCUUAACAUUUAUGAAUGGAAAAUCACUCAAGACACCACAAACAAACACAAAAUGACAACAAAUAUCCUGGUCACAAAACCGACAUAACUUAAAGAAAAAUGCAGAUUCUGAACUCUGCCUUUGGGUAAUGUUCAAGACCUGAGGGAAAAUGCAGCGUCCAUGUUCUCUCAGCUUUCCUCUACAUUUGAACUAGUUUGUUCAAGAAACUUUAUUUGAAUAAUUUACCGAUUAUGGGAAUCAAAUUAACAUCUAUGUUUUGCUGAUUUACUGUCCAACCAUAUAUUAUCAGUAUAUUCAAAACAGUCUAACCAAUUAACGUACAAGUGAAUGCAUUUAAUAUGUGGAAUAUAUGAGUUAUAGGCAGUUUAAACAAAAAAAAACAAAAAAAAAAUUGCAUGAAUUUGAAAAGUCAAAAAAUGACUUGUCUUUCCACAUUUACUUCAGAGCCUCAAGAGCAGGUUAAAUCUUUGAAAAGGAGAGUAAAUACACCAACUUCUACUCAACUUAACACUGAUGGAGUUCAGGUUUGGUCUGGUUUAAGUGUCAUUCUUCAGAUAUUUCCUGUUAUCUGUCACUUUUUAGAUCUUUUUAAGAAGUUUGGACUUUCUGAAGCAUUUCUUUGACAAGAGUUGGGCAAAACUAUGCAUAAAUGCAAGCAACAUUUUUUAUAAAUUAGAUUUAUUUAUGAUCUUUAUA